UAAUCCAGUGCCUUUUAGGAGAAUAUGUUCCAGAGCAGAUCAGAGUAUGACCGGGGUGUCAAUGUGUUUUCUCCAGAGGGCAGGAUUUUCCAGGUGGAGUAUGCUAUUGAAGCUAUAAAACUGGGAUCCACUGCUGUGGGUGUUCAAACUAAAGAAGGAGUAUGUCUUGCUGUAGAACGCAGAAUCACAAGCCCUUUAAUGAUUCCUUCUAGCAUCGAGAAAAUUGUUGAAAUUGAUGAUCACAUUGGAUGUGCCAUGAGUGGACUAAUUGCUGAUUCAAGAAUCUUGAUUGAUCAUGCAAGGGUUGAGGCUCAAAGUCAUUGGUUCACCUUCAACGAAAAGAUGACCGUGGAAAGUGUAACCCAGUCAGUGUCAAACCUUGCAUUAUCUUUUGGUGAGUAUGACAGAAAGUCAAUGUCACGUCCCUUUGGUGUUGCUAUCCUAAUGGCGGGAGUUGACGAGAAUGGAGAGUCAGUUCUACUGCAUAUGGACCCCAGUGGAACAUAUCUUAAGUAUGGUGCUAAAGCUAUUGGUGCUGGAUCAGAAGGGGCACAAGCAACUCUGGAAGAACAGUAUCACAAGUCUAUGACAUUGGACGAUGGUGUGAAGCUUUGCCUCAAUGUCUUGAAACAAGUCAUGGAAGAAAAGAUCAGUUCAACUAAUAUUGAAGUUGGCAUCUGUAGAAAGGAUCAGGAAGAACCAGGAAAAUUCCGUCUUCUUGGCAAAGACCCAAUAGAUGCUCUUCUUACAACUCUAUAAAUACCCUACUAACAGAUAUACCCCUCACUGGAUGAGGCUGGACGGUGCACUUAGAACACAAAGUAGAGCCUAACUCAGCAAAAAUCUCGACAAAGACGGUUACAUGAUAUAUUUAUAAGC